GAGCUUCUUCGAUGACUGGGAGAGAUUGGUGCCGCCAGCCAGGUGUUAAGAUGUGCCGCGGGAGCAUCGUAUUUCGAUGCCAAUAGCGUAUGUUGGCGAUAAGGAGGACCGCACUCAAACUUCAGAAUUGUCGACAGAUGUUUCUACGGAGGGUGCGACUGGAGGGCUUGACCCUAACUACGUUCCUGAGCAGCAAGACCCCUCAGAUGCUUAUGAAGAAUCCGAGCCAGAAGGUGAAGCUGUCGAACGCAGACAUGUGGAGGGGGCGGUCGCCGAGGUGGCUCUGGCUCCAGUAAGUGCUAUAAAUGAGCCGUCGCCCCACGAGGGAGAGGUCGCCGACAUGGCUGAGGCUCCAGUAAGUGCUACAGAUGAGCCGUCGACUAGGGCGAAGACGACUAGAGUUAGUACUACUAUUGGACAUCCUGUGGUUGCGGAGCAGCAAAGGGUUGGGGAGACGGGUAAACGACCUUUUGCGGUGGGAGAAAAGAGAAGUGGAAAAGAAUCUGGCAGCGAGGGGGCUGGAGACGAAGACACCCCUCGUUUAUCUUCACAGAAGAAAAGGAGAACAAGUACCCCUCGCCAGACAUCUGACAAGAAAAGAAAAUCGGCGGGAAAGAACCCGGAAACACCGAAGGCGAGACGGGGAGGUGGAUCGGGGGAAGGGUCAUCGAAAGGCAAGCGGGCAGGAGCAGAUGAAAAUGACAGUGAGGACGACAAGGAAAAGGUUGUCGAUCUGGACGCCGGGUACUUUCUGGAAUGGAAAGAGGGUAUAAAGAAAGAUGUCACUCUUUCUAUCAACCCGGAGAGGGUAUUGCAGUUGCCGGCGUGGGAAAGGCCGUACAAUCAUCGUUCGAUCGACCCAACACACACGACAUAUAUAUUGCGGUCUAUGAUGGAUGCCUUCAAGAAGAAAGGAAAGACGUACGAGAAGCCAAUUUUGAAAUUGGCGCCAAUCGCAGGGCUUCCUAGCCCCGGACGGAAGGUUGUUCGUGUGACCCCGGACAAAUUCAAUGUGGAGAACCCGAACGAACACUGGUACUACGCUGUCAGCGGGCAACACAAUGUCAAGGUUGCGCUGGAGUUGAGAAACCACGAGAUUUGGGAGAAACAUACCUUCUACGACUGGCCCUUCAAGCCUUUGUACUUCGCCGACGAGGACUUUGACGGUUAUACGCAGAUAAGCGUGAACGAGAAUAGGAAGGACAAGUUAGCCCCUCCUCGGGCUCAGCGGCUGUCAAUGAUAGACAUUCGUCAGGAGUGGAAUAACUUGAAGCGUCCUUGUGCUGUCUCCGGCAAUAUAAAGUUCAAGAAGGAUUUGAUGCGGAAAGGCAAGAAGAAAAGGAAACAGGAGGACCUCGACUUUUUCGUCCAGGUGAAUGAACCCGACGUGCAUUGUUGGAAAGACUUGGGGGAUUUUACAGACGCGGAGAAACGUCAGAUCCUGCGAGGGUUGCUGGACUUGGAUAUUGUCUGGGUGCAGCAAGGAAGCAAGAAGCUGAUUGAGCAGGGAAAGGUUGGGAUGAAAGAUGCUUGUGAAAUGGUCAAGCAAGAUCGGAUGUUGCUCCGGCUGUGGCAUAUUGUGCAAUUCCAGCAUGAGGGCCGCGACAACGAUGAUUGGAAUGCCUCCUUUUUUCGGACAAAGGAGCAAUUGAUGGCAGAGUACGCCUCCAAGGGACUGGACGAGAAAUUGUGGGCGGGCUGCAAGAAAUGGGUCACAUAUCACUCGUACCUCAAGGAAUGCCCCCAGUAUCUCGGCUGUCCGAGUGAUAAGGACGUGGCGGCAACGAUGAAGUUGGUUAAUCACGAGAAGUUUCCUAUUGAAUGGAAGCGGGUUGUGUUGUCCGUGCUUAAAGGCGAACGUGGCAAGACAGAAGAGGGGCCGCAAGCACUGGGAGAAUGCACCACCAUCAAAUGGAAGCAAACCAAGCAAGUGACAACCCUCGCACCAUUUGCUUACGACGCCUUCACGGCUUUUCUAAGAAAAGAUGAGAUGAGGAAAGUUGUGACGCAGCUGCGAUGCCACACUUGCAUCAUUGACUUUUGCGAUCCCGUCGACCGACCACGUUGGAAUGACGAGGCUUUCCGAUCAUUGGCGGCAUUCCUUGAAGCUGUGUGUCCUGAUUUUUGGACUUUAAUUGCUUUUGUUCCCAGGCAGUGGGACCUUUCCUUCAUGGGUCUUCUCCACAUUCUUCUUGUCACGAAUGGUUGUGCAGGAAAAUGGGUUUGGAGGAGUCAAGUUAAGAAGCACUACCAAAUCGGGAACAGUGUGUGGGCCGACGAGGACAGGAUGUUUGUUUUUUUCCACGGGGAUGAUCUGAAGCUUAACACCCCGCCGACAUAUGAGGGACGAUUGCCGAACGAUGACGCUGCAGCUCUUGGGAAAAGGCAAAAGGUGACACCCUCGGACAUUGCCGAAACACAGUUCACGGCCACGACGUAUGCAUCGGCAGGCGUGCACCACCUGAAGGGGUUCGUCUAUAAGAAAAUGGAGCGCAACCCGGGUAUGUUAUCGGGUCACAUGGAGUUCUUCUGCCCAGUCGAGAAUGCAGUUAUGUUCAUCGGCAAAGCACACGCCCAGGUUGUGUGGCAUCUCCUCAAAAGCGGGCGCCAUGUUGUGGCCAUCGAGGGAGACACAAAGCUCCUCAACUUCUUGAUGACAUUUGUUGCGCACGAGGUGCACACGGGUGUGGACAACUGUGAAUUCUACCAAGUGCAGAAAGAGGUCGACCAUGAUCCACACAGGAACAUGUGGCUCAAGCUGUCAGCUGAGAAAAGGGCGAAUGUAUACAAGUUUCUGUUCCUCGACACAAGACCGAAACUAAGAUUCGAGGACGACUACAAGUGCCGCCGAGAUGUCGUGAUUGGUGCAUUGGAUGGCUUUCAUGGUGCUUCUAGGGAGGCUGCGGCCAACUUCGUGGAGAAACUUGAGGAAUGUUAUUUCGACAAUGGCAAGGUGGAACUUACAUUAAAUUAUUACAAGGCUCAGUUCACUGAAGAGGACAAUUUCAACGCAAACGAUGAGGAAGAAGUCAGCGAGGGUGAGGAGCCUUUGGAUUUAGAGACGGUAUAUCAGAAAUAUACUGCAGUUCUUGAUGGCGAAUGGGUUAUGGCGUUCAAUGAUAAGGGCGAAUGGAAAUCAGAACCCYGUUUGUCCAAAAAGGUAUUUGAAGAGGCCGCCCUCCAAGCGGUUAUCGACCAUGUCGCAGAGGUAAAYUGUCGUCAACCAGACGACCUUGUSGUCAGAAUGUUCGGAGAGCAGACAUUCGAGAUUCUUCAGGAGCACAACAUGUUGGAGCUCUGUCGUGACUUUUAUUACCUCGAAACAAGUCCAAGUUAUGAAAGCAAAAUUGACUGGCAUAUUCCGCCGCCUGCCCCAACACGAGGAGAGGGAGCUGGACGGGGCGGCCGUGGAGGAGAUGACGAAGGAGGGGACGAAGGAGGUGAGGAUAGAACCUGCGGCGGCGGUUACGGACGACCCGCGGCGGCGGUUACGGGUGACAACAGAGGGGGCGGCGCACGGCGCGGAAAUGCUACGAGCCCGGGAGGGGUCACGAUCGCAAGCGGUAAGGGUGCUAUGGCUUCAGUAGAAGGUGUGAGCUCACAAACUGGGCAGGGAUCACCGCAGGUUGAAUCUCCACUGCCGACCCAUGCGCUGCAAGCUGCUCAACUCGUUGGGCAAGUACAUGGCUCAUUUCCCGGCAGCGGAUGUAUCCGCGGCACAGUCACGACCGAUGGUGGAAUAGGUGUCAUGGCUUCAGUAGAAGAUGCGGAGUCGGUUGACGUGGCUUCCACCAAGGAUCCAGGACGCGACACUCGGAAGUGCGAAGUUGUUACGGAUGCCACUUUCCUUCGUGGAGAGAAUGUGGUGGAAGAAACUGUAGGCGGAUCAUACUCCCCCAGAAGGACAGAUUCUCUUGCGAGUCCUUGUGCAACUGGGUCUGAGGUGGAUAAGGGGCAGGUUGGCCUUUUUUCUGCCAGCCCCGGAUGUAUCCGCCAUCCAAGCGGGCGCGUCAGUGUGGAGCAGAAUGAGGACUUAGCUGUCGGAAGCAUUUCAGCCGGUGGCGGAUAUAUCCGCUCCUCGACACAUCAACUCAGCAGCACCGACGACAUCCUUGCCCUGGGUAUGGAAGACCAGGAGACUGCACCCUUUGACACACAUUACGGUGGUUCCGAGGGCAGACAUGUCCCUCUGACAAAUGCACCGGAGGAACAUGCACACGGGUCAUACAAGGGGCGCGGGCUGCGUGAUGGAGUUUUUUUAGCUGGCGCCGGAUGUAUCCGCCGUCCAGGGCUUCGUGUCAGUGCAGAGCAGAAGGAGGAGUUAGUUGUCAGACCCGUUUCCACCAGCGGCGGAUCUAUCGGCUCCUCGAUGGAGCAGCCACGUAGCAAGGAUAACACCCUUGCCGUGGAUGUGGAAGACCAGGUGACUCCACCACCUGAUACACGUUGUGGCGGUUCCCAGGGCAAGUAUGUCUUGCAGUUAUGUUCAGGGUUUCCUGACAUACGGCCCUCCAAAAUCCAUAUGGCCACAGUCGUGUCGGGCGACUGCAAUGAGGACGAGGACGUCACCAUGCUCGAAGUGGAAGAGUUGUCUGUCCGUCGUCCGAUCGAAGAUGAUCUUGUCAAGACACUCUUCCACAAUUCCCCCAUUGUCAUAUCUCCCUCUUCACAAUUAUUGACUCCUCAAGAUGAAGUUUUUGCCAUCCGUGGGAGUGGUGGGACAGCUGGUCGUCCUUUAGAGUUGUGCCCCGAUGCUCCGGAAAAAGUUGUUUGCCUCAUCGAUGCGGACAUUAAGGACUUGUUCCGACUUCCAUCCCAGUUAGAUCGCAUUAUGGCAUCGGCGCAGACUGAAGAGUCGGCCAUCUCCUUCAUGUGUCGUGUGGAGAAACUCGGAAGAGUCUCUCACAAAGACGAAUAUGCCGCGAUUGUCGAGAAGGGAUUUUCAGAUUGUAGAAGCGGCGGGUAUGAGUUCUGACACAUUUGCGAAGUUGCACAUCAAAGUUUGCAAGAAAUGCGCCAUUUCUCCGCUUCCUGGAACCGCACCAUACU